AUGCUCUCAUCGAAUUUAUCAAAUUUGUUGAGCACCAAAUGCAGGCGCUGUAAACUUGCAAACGUCAACGCGGCGAUCAUCCGAGCGUCGGCGUCUGCAGGUCGGAUAUCGGAAUUUGGAGCAAACGUGACAACAAAAGAUGUCGGUUCCACGUAUAAAGUGGCGAUAUUCAGCAAACUAUCUUGUGAGGUUUGCUUUCCAACAAACGUUUCGCGUGGCGCGAUGGCGGAACCUGCUGAAGCGUUGCGUUGUGGAAGUUGCGUUUGGAGGAGUCUGCAAAAGUUCAAGAUUGUCCAGACGAGAUCUUCACCGGCGCGAAUCACGAGGCCUUUCUUCGUUGUCGUUAGUUGGACGUGA